CGAGCUGCCUCGAUAUCCUCCUCUUUUGCAGUCCUAGUACUUGCACUUUGAUAUAUUUUCCGUGGGUUUCAAACGACAAGCAGCUGACCUGAUCUAUUUGCAAGUCCUACAUCAUGGCUCAAGACAAGGAAGCAGAGCUCGAAAAUGGCUCAAGCAUUGUCUACGGAUGUGCCAGAUGCCAGAAGACGGCCAAGUUGCAGUGUCCCAAGUGUUUGGAGCUGGGCCUUCCGAAGGAGCCAAGCGCCUUCUGUUCACAGGAUUGCUUCAAGAUGGCAUGGGCGGAGCAUAAACACGCACACAACCCUGGGCCCCACACCUGGGCAUACGUGACCCAGAGAGGGCGGGGACGGAGCUUCACAUUGCCCACUUUUGCAUGGCCAGGUUCACUGAGGCCUGACAGGGUCGCGCCGCGCCGUGAGGUUCCUGCUGACAUCCCACACCCAGAUUAUGCAGAGAUAGGGCAGCCCAUCACCGAGAUCGAGAGCAGGCAACAACGCAUAGUUUCUGUGAGGAGCCCGAAGGAGAUCAAGGGCAUCCGUGAAGCGUGCUUGAUAGCAAGGAAUAUUUUGGAUGCUGCACAUGCCGCUGUGCGGCCUGGUGUUACUACAGAUGAGAUUGAUCGGGUGGUGCAUGAAGCAACCUUAGCAGCGGGCGCAUACCCCUCUCCAUUGUACUACUGCAACUUCCCAAAGUCAGUGUGCACGUCAGUGAAUGAGGUGAUUUGCCAUGGCAUCCCUGAUCAGCGCCCACUGCAGGAUGGGGACAUUGUCAAUGUUGAUGUGACAGCCUAUCACAACGGCUUCCAUGGCGACUUGAAUGAAACUUUUGUUGUGGGCAACGUUGACGAGGAGUCCAAGAAGCUCAUCAGAGUGACUGCAGAGGCGCUGGACAAAGCCAUUGAGGCUGUGCGGCCAGGAGUGCGGUAUCGGGAAAUAGGGGACAUCAUCAGCCAGUACGUGGGGCAGAACAAAUUCCAGGUUGUGCGAUCUUACUGCGGCCAUGGCAUUGGCGACCUCUUUCACUGCGCGCCCAACAUCCCCCACUAUGCCCACAACAAGGCCGUGGGUGUGAUGAAGGAGGGCCAGACCUUCACCAUUGAACCAAUGGUCAAUGUUGGCACCUACCGCGAUGUCACCUGGCCAGAUGGGUGGACUGCUGCCACAGCUGACGGCAAGAGAUCAGCGCAAUUUGAGCACACCCUCCUUGUGACAAAAGAUGGGUGUGAAGUGCUCACCAAGCGGUUGCCAACAUCACCCCCGCUCUGGUGGGAAAAGGAGUAGGUAAUAUAGUGUAAAGUUCUGAUCAUGACGCAUUGCAUCAAUGUUUGCUGGUGUCUUUUUUGAACUCAACCCUACAGAACUCCAAGGGUCAUUUUAGACUUGCGGUGUAGCAUCUUCAGUUGUAGUUGCGCAGCCCUUACUUCAGCUUGUGUCAGGUGGGUAGAUCUGGCUUUCCCGGAUUGCUGUGUACAUUGCUGUUACGAAGUACAUCAGCUUUGCCGAUGCAAAUGACUGUAUCUCUGUGCAAGCUGCCGUGCACUUAC